UUCCUGCUUUUGGCUUGUGUCCUUGUAAAGCUUUGAAAACUAAUCCACUCCCACAUCCUAUGUAAAUCCAUAAUUACAUUUGUUGGGGUUGAAAAAGAUCAUAAGGAGUUGUUAGAUACACAGCUGGCAUAAGGUUGUGUAGGUCAGCCACUCUUCAACCGCAAAUACCAUCCGUUCCUCGCCUUUCCCAAUUGCCUCCAAAAACUUUCCUUUCUCUUUUCCAUUCCUCGCUUUUAUCUUUUUAGGGUUAUUGGCUCUUUCCUUUUUCAAAUUUCAGAUCUCCCCAUUUUUAAUUUCAGUCUUUUAAUUUAGGGUUCUUGCUUCCUUUCUACAUUGUGUAUUUUCAAUUCUUCUGCUUCAGCUGUCGAUGAUCAAUAAUCGAUAUAGAAUCGAUUUCCAAUAUAAAGAGGCAACCCCAUUGUUCUCAUUGAAUUCAGGCUACUAAUACUUUUACUAGUGGGAGUAAGCCAAGAGAUCGGGUGGUGGAAAUGAGCGCCUCCAGGUUCAUUAAGUGCGUCACCGUCGGCGAUGGCGCUGUCGGCAAGACUUGCAUGCUUAUCUCAUACACCAGCAACACCUUCCCCACGGACUAUGUGCCAACCGUUUUUGACAAUUUCAGUGCAAAUGUGGUUGUGGAUGGGAGCACGGUCAAUUUAGGUUUAUGGGAUACAGCUGGUCAGGAGGAUUACAAUAGAUUAAGACCUUUGAGCUAUCGAGGGGCAGAUGUCUUUAUUCUUGCAUUCUCUUUAAUCAGCAAGGCCAGCUAUGAAAAUGUUGCCAAAAAGUGGAUUCCAGAACUGAGGCAUUAUGCACCUGGAGUUCCUGUCAUUCUUGUUGGAACAAAACUUGAUCUUCGCGAGGAUAAGCAGUUCUUCAUUGACCAUCCGGGUGCAGUGCCUAUCACUACUGCCCAAGGAGAGGAACUGAGAAAACUUAUUGGAGCUCCUGCCUAUAUAGAGUGUAGCUCAAAAACACAGCAGAAUGUGAAGGCGGUUUUUGAUGCAGCAAUCAAGGUGGUUCUGCAGCCCCCCAAGCAAAAGAGAAAGAAGAAAAAGGGACAAAAGGCUUGCUCUAUAUUGUGAUGAUGUGGGAAAGAGCAUGCUUUGAUAGAAAGAAGUUGGCUUUUCGGUUCAUCACUGUUUUACCCUUUAAUUUUCAUGCCCUUGCAAGGAAGCAGGAGAUCUUGUUGUAUAGUCUUGACUGACAUUCUAGGGAGUUUCUGUGAAAACAUCAGAUCCUUUUUUCUUUUUUCUCAUGAUCUAUAAUUGUACUGCAUUUAUUGUCAAACAUGAACAUCCUUUUGCUUUUCA